ACAGUAAAACCAGAGGGCAACCUGGUGAAGCCCCAACAGCUAGCAGCUUGUCUAUGCCUGAGCUAAGACAUCCGAGAGAGCGCUGUGCAUGACGGGAGUAGGCGGCGGGGCUUCUGGGAAAUGUAGUCUGGCGACACCGCCCUGCUCUUCAUUCCUGUAAUGGCUGCUUUCACUCCGGCAGUGUCACGAGUAACCUCUUAGCCUCAUCAUCCGGAAGUUCCAAAGAGAAUUUUUCACGUUGGAUAGAAUUUUACAUAUACCAUUGUUUUCGGCAAGUUAAGUUCAGCCCUUCAGAUCCUGACAUCAUGAAUUCAGUUUCAACACAAUUGAUCUUAGUCCUCACCUCGCUGCUUUUGGUCCUGCCUGUUGUUGAAGCGGUCGAAGCUGGAGACGCUAUUGCACUCUUAUUAGGUGUGGUUCUCAGCAUUACAGGCAUCUGUGCUUGCUUGGGGAUAUACGCAAGAAAGCGAAAUGGACAGAUAUGACUUUGAAGGGCUCUUCUGAACUAGACUUUACCCUGACCUUUGUGCUGUUGAGGCCGAACCCAAGAUUUGAUCUCUCCUGUUCUCAGCAAGAGGGUUACAGUUCGCUGAGAGUUAACACCCUCAGUUAAGACGAUGCUUUCCUGUUCAUACUUGUUUCUUCUACAAUGGGAGCAGAUGGUGUGGAGGGAGGCUCUUAACAACAAAGAGGGCACUAAUAAUGCGGCCCCAUAAUUUGUAUUUGCUGCUUGGGAAGGGGCCAAAGUGAAGAGGGCUUAAGUGUGCCUAAGUAUUAUUUCAAAGUUUCAAAUUGUCAAAGCACAUGGAAUUGGGAGAUGAAAGUAUUUGCUCAGAAUCUAGUAAAACUGCAUUGUUAUUAUAAUCACUGCCUCUUGCAUUCUGGGGAUUCUCUCUCUCUCUCUCUCUCUGUCUCCCUCUCUCUUACUGGGCGGUUGGGUUUUAGAUUUGUUUUGUUGUUGUUACUGUUUUUUUAAUGCUUCUGUUUUUAUCUCCCAAGUUGAUAUUGUACUUAGAUCUUAAUAGCCAAAAACUUUUAUCUCUGAGAAAAAGUUUAAUAAAAAUGUACUAAACAUAUAUAAUACUAAACUGGAGGAAAUAUUUGUUGAAAAAUAACUUUUCAUUACUUGAGUAUCUUCUCCUUUGUGAGAUGUAUUAUAUCAAAUACAUAGCCAUUAUGUGGUCAGUUCA